AUGCGCUAACAAUAACAAUUACCACGGUUGUCUGAAGAUGAAUAAUUUCCAGGUCGUUUACAUACACAAUCUAGAAAACUGAAGUUUGGAAGUAUAUAAUUCAAUCGCAUAUGAAUUUUAGCUACUGAAAACUUCAAUAAGAAAUCGAAAAAACAAAGUCCAAUGGCUGAGUCAUAAUUUAUUAAACAAAUUGAUAAUAAAUUAGAGCAAUACAAUAAAGAUAUUGAAUAACGAAAUGAUAUGAUUUUUACUAUUGAAAAAGGGUUUGAAUCUGUUAGACAAGAAUUGAUAAAAGAGAAAUUAUUAAAUGAAGAAAAAACUAGACAAUUAUAAGACUUGGGAAUAUAAUAUUAAGCUGUUUAAUAAAAGCUUAAGUCUAUCCAUGAAUCAAAUAAAAAUAUAGGAUAAGCAAGUACAGAUAAGGAAAGAGAUAAAAUAUAGCAAUUAGAAACCGUUUAAAAAGCUAUUCAGUCAAAAGAAUAUUAAUUAAGUUAAACUGUAGAUUAACUUAAUACCUAAUUGAAUGACAUAGCUCAUAAAAUUAAAUCAAAGGAAGAAAUGCCAGAUGAUUCUAAAAAAUUCAAAGACUUAAUUAGAAAAAGUGAAGUAUAAAAGUAAUAUAAUAUUUCUUAGGAGAAAAAGUAUAAAUCAUAGGCUAUAAUGGAUGAACUUAAAAAAAGUUUAGAAUCCAUAUCAGCAGAAAAGUAAUUAAUAAAACAUUAAAUGGAUCAAUAUAAAAAAGAAUACAUUGCUAAGGAAGAAUGUUUAUCAGCUGAAUACAAUAGUACUUAGAAUAAGGUUAAGGAAUUAUAGAAAGAAAAAAGCCAAUUGUAAGAACAAAUUAAGAAAUAGCCUUAAAACUCUUAAGAUUAGAAUAAUAAAUUAUAAGAAGUAAUCAAUUAAUUGAAAUAAUAAUUGGCUGAAUAAAACAAAUCAAAAGAUGUACGAAUAUUCAUUUUUUAUAUAAGAAAGAAAUUAAUUAAUGGAAAGGAAAUCUUGAUAUUUAAGUUAAAAAUUUUGAUCAAUUGAAUCAAUAAAUUGAAGAAUAUAAAUAAAAAAUUGAAACAACUUCUAAAAAUUUAGUAGAAAAGACAAAUUAUGUAGAAUAAAUUACAAAAUCUAUUGGUGAAUCUGAGAAAGUACUAAAAGAUUAAUAAACAGAAAUUAAGUUAUUGAAUUAAAAAAUAGAAGAAUGUAAUAAAAAAUUAGGUGAUUCAAAACCUAAGAAUAUGUAAUAAGUUAUAGAGACUAUUGGUAUAUUAGAAAAAACACAUGUAUUUUAUGAUUUUUAAAUUUUUAGAAAGAAAUUUAAAAAGGUCUUGCUUGUACUUUUUGCAAUAAAUUUAUUAAAUAACCAGUAACAAUAAUUCCAUGUGGUCAUUCUUAUUGUUUUGAAUGUAAAAAAGGUUAUUAGAAAGAAUGUUUUAAAUGCGGUCCUAAAUUGAAAAUUGAAGCAAUGUAUAGAAAUGAAUUGUUAGAUGAUAUAAUAGAAAUGGUUAAAUUAGUAGAGUAAAGCAUUUUGAAUAUGAAAUAAAUUACUUAAAAUUAAUGA